GCAACGACGCCUGCGCAGUGUGACCGGGAUGGCGUAUUUUCUUGCACCGAGUAAUGCGGUGUCGCUGGCGGCUGAGAAGGGUGGAGAGUUCCGUGGUGAAGUAGGGGGAGGGAUCUAUGUAGGCGUUCGGAGGAGCCUUGGUCUGAACUAUAAAGUGGGAAGUUGAUGCUGGGUACUGCUACUCCCGGACCGGCAGCGUGAAAGUUGUGAUAUCACCGUUGAACCAUCAGCUUUGAAAUUCAAAAACAAUGGAGAAGACUCAAGAAACAGUGCAAAGAAUUCUUCUAGAACCCUAUAAGUAUUUACUUCAGUUACCAGUGUAGGUCCCCAGGCCAGGGAGUCCGUAAUGUUAAGGUCUUUUAAAGAGGAAAGGUAAACAAGUGAGAACCAAACUUUCACAGGCAUUUAAUCAUUGGCUCAAAGUUCCAGAAGAUAAGCUGCAGAUUAUCAUUGAAGUGACGGAGAUGUUGCAUAAUGCCAGUUUGCUCAUCGACGAUAUCGAAGACAACUCAAAACUCCGACGUGGCUUUCCUGUGGCACACAGUAUCUAUGGGAUUCCGUCCGUCAUCAAUUCUGCCAAUUACGUGUAUUUUCUUGGCCUAGAGAAAGUCUUAACCCUUGAUCACCCUGAUGCGGUAAAGCUUUUUACCCACCAGCUUCUGGAACUCCACCAGGGACAAGGCCUAGAUAUCUAUUGGAGGGAUAAUUACACUUGUCCCACCGAAGAAGAAUAUAAGGCUAUGGUGCUACAAAAGACAGGUGGGCUGUUUGGAUUAGCAGUGGGUCUCAUGCAGUUGUUCUCUGAUUACAAAGAAGAUCUAAAGCCACUACUUAAUACACUCGGGCUCUUUUUCCAAAUUAGGGAUGAUUAUGCUAAUCUGCACUCCAAAGAAUAUAGUGAAAACAAAAGCUUUUGUGAAGAUCUAACAGAGGGAAAGUUCUCGUUCCCUACUAUUCAUGCCAUCUGGUCAAGGCCUGAAAGCACCCAGGUGCAGAGUAUCUUGCGCCAGAGAACCGAAAAUAUAGAUAUUAAAAAAUACUGUGUACAUUAUCUUGAGAAUGUAGGUUCUUUUGAAUACACUCGGAGUACUCUUAAAGAGCUUGAAUCUAAAGCCUAUAAACAAAUUGAUGCACGUGGUGGGAACCCUGAGCUUGUAGCUCUAAUAAAGCACUUAAGCAAAAUGUUCAAAGAAGAGAAUGAAUAAUAUUAAGUCAUUCUUGAUUAGGCCUGGGAGCUUAUUUUAGUUGACUUUUUUUUUUUUUUUUUUUGUCUUAGCCUAUCACUUUUUUAAAAAUUAGGACCAAGUUGUUAGUCUCCUCAAACUGAGUGAAUUGGGGUGAUGUGAGUGAGAUUGUUUCAAUUUAGAACCCCUUUGUACAGAUAAUCAUCAUAGUACAAAGUUGAUGGAAUCAAAAGGAGCCACAUUUAAAUAGGUCUAAUAUGAAUGUCAGAAUGUGCUGUGUUGGGACCUUAUGGACAACUGCCACAAAUGUUCUGCUAAUUCUAUCAAUAAAGAAGACUUCAGCUUCCGGGAA